AUGCAGAUGAAAAGCUCCGCUGCGAGGCUGGAACCUACGCAUGGAUGCAACAGAUGGCCCCUUCCAUUCGAGUUCCACGCUUAUAUGGGUUUGGACUGUCAACAGGCCAAUGUUUCACGGAUCUGGAGAACAUGCCUUUUCUGGCCCGAUGUUUUCAUUCCCUCCGCCGCCGCUUUACGGGCAUUCUUCGGGUAUCAGAUCCCCACGCGAUAUGUUCCGCACCCCGUCAAUUACCCUGAUGAUCCGGGUAUGGGCUAUCUCUUGAUGGAAUUUAUCGACGAUUCUCAAAUGCUUUCAAAUACGUGGAGCACACAUCACGGCGACGAAAUAUUGCGAGCGAACCUCUUUCGAGAUCUGAACACGAUCUUUCUAACGCUUGCUCGAGUUCCCCUGCCAAGAGUCGGGUCUUUUGUUAUCGAUGAAAAUGGUUACCUAACAUUAUCGAAUCGGCCUCUAUCUUCCGAGAUUCAGGAACUUGAGAAUGGGAGUAUUCCCAUUGAUAUGCCUCGCGACUUCACGUAUUCAACCGUUGACUCUUACGUGGUUGCUCUCCUUGCGUGCCAUGACAGCCGCAUGCAACACCAGCCCAAUGCAGUUACGGAUCUAAAGGACGGUAUCUACCAGAUCACAGCCUUGACAAUGAUGAAAGCCCUAUUUCCGCAUUUCUUCCAACGUGAACUUCGUCGUGGACCUUUCAUCCUGCAGCUGACUGACCUCCAUCCAAGCAAUAUAUUUGUUGACAGUAAUUGGAAUAUCAAAUGUGUGAUUGACUUGGAAUGGGCAUAUCUUGAAUCAUACAACAAAAUCCGCGAGGAAUUUAUGCAUAUCCUUCAAGAGCAAGAAAAGAUGCUUCCCGUUAAGGAAGACCAAAUACCAUCACUCUCGACAGUCAUGGAACAGGGAUGGAAGACAAGAACUUUCUGGUACAGCCUCUGCCUGCGAAGUCCUCUAGGCAUCCACCAGUUCUUCUAUGACCACAUCCAGACCAGGUUCGCAAAGGGCCACGUAGACGAUGGUGACUUCUUCCGAAUCAAUAUGAGCUAUUGGAGGGAAGGGGCAAUUCCAUUCCUGCAUGCCAAGGUGAAAGACAAGGAGAAAUACGAUGCGCAACUCCGGGAGGCAUUUGAGGUCGAAGUCUGA